AUAGUGAAACACGUGUCAACCAAUCAGAUAGUGAAACAUGUGUUGGCCCAUCAGAUAGUGAAACACGUGUCAACCCAUCAUAUAGUGAAACACGUGUCAACCAAUCAGAUAGUCAAACACGUGUCAACCCAUCAGAUAGUGAAACCCGUGUCAACCAAUCAGAUAGUCAAACACGUGGCAACCCAUCAGAUAGUGAAACACGUGUCAACCAAUCAGAUAGUGAAACACGUGUCAACCCACCAGAUAGUGAAACACGUGUCAACCCAUCAUAUAGUGAAACACGUGUCAACCAAUCAGAUAGUCAAACACGUGGCAACCCAUCAGAUAGUGAAACACGUGUCAACCAAUCAGAUAGUGAAACAAGUGUCAACCAAUCAGAUAACGAAACACGUGUCAACUCAUCAGAAAGUGAAACACAUGUCAACCCAUCAGAUAGUGAAACACGUGUCAACCCACCAGAUAGUGAAACACGUGUCAACCCAUCAGAUAGUGAAACACGUGUCAACCAAUCAGAUAGUCAAACCCGUGUCAACCCAUCAGAUAGUCAAACACGUGUCAACCCAUCAUAUAGUGAAACACGUGUCAACCAAUCAGAUAGUGAAACAAGUGUCAACCAAUCAGAUAACGAAACACGUGUCAACUCAUCAGAUAGUGAAACACGUGUCAACCCAUCAGACAGUGAAACACGUGUCAACUCACCAGGUAGUGAAACACGUGUCAACCCAUCAUAUAGUCAAACACGUGUCAACCAAUCAGAUAGUCAAACACGUGUCAACCAAUCAGAUAGUGAAACACGUGUCAACCCAUCAGAUAGUGAAACACGUGUCAACCCAUCAGAUAGUGAAACACGUGUCAACCCAUCAGAUAGUGAAACACGUGUCAACCUAUCGAAUAGUGAAACACGUGCCAACCCAUGA